GCAGUCACUCCAGACUGCAAAGCGACACAGAUAGUGGCUCCACUCAUUCAGCUCCGACCAAGGAACUUUACUGAGAGGCAUUUUUCCAACUAUGAGAGUAUGAUAGUCAGAACAGCUACAGUAAAGUGGCUUUAUUGUACAUGUGUGGAGUUGGUGAACCUGGAUUUAAUAGACUAUGGGGUGUGAGCAGAGGAUGAUGUCUGCAGGGCUCUGUGUGCUGACAUGUUUGAUUCUGACUGUAGAUUUAACUUUGGGUUUUGGGUCAAACAAAGACAUGCAGUUCACAUUUCUAUUAUCUGCUGGCAGCACAGAGUGUUUUUACCAAACAACGGCAAGGAGCGACAGCAUGGAAGUUGGAUACCAGGUGAUAGCCGGGUCAGGGCUGGAGGUCGGCUUUGCCCUCAUCUCCCCCACCGGGUACCGGCUGGUGUCUGACUUCAGGAGGUCUGAUGGCAUUCACAUGGUGGAUUCCACAGAGGAUGGAGACUACCGGUUGUGUUUCGACAACAGCUUCAGUAAAUUCUCAGAGAAGAUGGUGUUCUUUGAGGUGAACAUUAACAGUGAGAGCAGUUCAGUUGGAGGCUCAAAUGAGUGGGAGAACAUGGCCAUAACAGAGAGCAUGGGGGAGUACAAAAUGGAGGACAUCAGGGCUCAGAUGGACUCUGUGUACCAGCACCUGGAGAGGAGCCGUCAGAUCCUGGCUAUGCUGCGGGCCCUAGAGGCGAGGGACCGCUACCUGCUGGAGGACACCCUGUGGAGGGUGUCCUUCUGGUCCUGCCUCAGCCUGCUGGUCAUGCUCUUUGUCGCUGUCACUCAGAUCUACACCCUGAAACGCCUGUUUGAUGACACCAAGCGGGUGUGCACAUAGCCGCAACAAAGCUGAGGCUCGCAGUGCAAAGUUUGACCCCAAGACCUUAUCUGACAUGAGCUGAA